GAGACAGGAGGAGUGGCCCCAGCACAUGGAGGUAAAACAACAGACCCGCCUGCCCUCUGUGGCCUCAAACAAGAACUGCUCCUUGAGCUCCCAGAGGCUCUUUCGGAAGCCCUGGGAAAAACCAAAACAACCCAAGGAUCCAAGUUCCUCCACACACAGACGGCCCUUCUUCAGAGCAGCCGAGCCGGGGCGGGACGGGGAGGGGGGGACCCCAAAAAAUCAGAAAUGAUUCGAAUGAAACGAACAGAAAUCAAAAAUCAGAACAUGAGGCACGUCCAAGUGGAAAUUCUCACCGAGCAGAAUCAAAAACUUUCCCCCGAAAAUAAAGAAGUCAGACAUCCCGGGGAGGGAAGGACAGAGAGGGGAGGGGGCGUAGAGGAGGGGGGGGGAAGAGGGGGGGGCGGAGAGGGAGGUCGGGGGGUAAAGGUGCACACAAGCUUCUCCUCUUCCGUCCGCUUUGCACGGAAAGAUGAUGCCCCAUCAUUGAGCCCAGCCCGACCGAGCCUCCUGGCAACACACGCGGACGUGGGCUCGAUCAGGCUGCGUGACCGGCGCCCACCCGCAGGGCUCCCACCGUGCUGGGCAUGGGGCAGACGUUACCGGAGGUCCCAGGCCAGCCAACCCAGGGGGCGUUGGGGGCGCAGACCCGCCCGGCGCUGGUCCAGGGCGUGGGAGACACGGGCGCGGCCGGGGCGCAGGGUGAGUUGUGGGUCCGACCCGCCCCCCGAAUUCCCCUUCCCUCCUGUCCCCUCCCGCCACGAGUGGAAACAGCCGAGAGGCGGGGCGUGGUCACGCUCUAGUAGCCACCUCGGCCAUCCCCUUGUGGGGAGGAGGGGAGAGACGAGAGGAGGGCGAAGAGCUCUCCCGCCCCUGCUCAUCCCCACCACGCGCAACGACGCAGGCUUGCGUGGGCGGAGGGGGCGGAGGGGGCGGAGAACUACAAGUCCCGGCAGGCAGCGCGCACGGCAGCGUAGCGCCCUCCUUCUUCAUUGCCUUUCCUUGCCCGGACCGCUUUCGCGAAGAUGGACUAGGCUGUCCUUCCUAGUGCGCCGUCCCCUCUGUGGGCCUCCCUCUGAAGCACACGUCGAGGAAGGGCGUUCAGUUCUCCGGGGCGGCCCCAGUUCAAGCGUGAGCGGGACGAGGAUUGAGCGACUACAAGGCCCGGCAGCCACCGCGCGCAAACGGUAUCGGCAGGCGAGACGAACUACAAGGCCCAGCAGCCACCGCGUUCGACAAGAGGAGGUGGCGGAACGAACUACAAAGUCCAGAAAGCCUCGUACACAGACGAGCAGUUGCAGUUGGAGUGGACUACAAGGCCCGGCAGACCCUGCGCACAAACAGCAGCGGUAGGCGGGGCCGACUACAAGGCCCGGCAGGCGUCGCGCGCAAACAUUAGUAGCAGGCCCGGCAGGCCUCGCGCACAAACAGCCGCUGCAGGCGGAGCGGACUACAAGGCCCGGCAGGCCUCGCGCACAAACAGCCGCUGCGGGCGGAGCGGGACUACAAGGCCCGGCAGACCCCGCGCGCCGGCAGGAAGAGGAAGGCCUGCGCGACGCACCCGGCACUGCCCGCGGCGCGAUGGCGCACGGUGAGAGCGAGGCGGCGGCGGCGGCGGCCGGCGGCUCCCGGGGCCCCGGGUCGCCGGCCCCGGUGUCCUUCGGCUUCAGCCGCACGGCCGGCCGGAAGCGGCUGGCGGAAGGCCGCGAGGGGCAGCCGGAGGAGGAGAAGGACUUCGUGCGGGCCGUGGAGGGGCGGGAGCUGCGCAGCGUGCGGCCGCCCGAGGAGGCGCCCCGGGAGCUGGAGUCCGCGCGGGCCCUGCAGCCGGGCCCGGGCCCGGGCGCCGAGGCGGCGGCCAUCCCGCUGCUGGCCCGCGCGGGCGGCGCGGCCGAGGCCCCCGAGUCGGCGGGCGCAGACUACGAGGCGGUGCCGGUGGAGGCCUACGGGCUGGCCAUGCUGCGGGGCAUGGGCUGGAGGCCGGGGGAGGGCAUCGGGCGCACCUUCAAGCAGGUGGUGAAGCCGCGGGAGAACCCCCUGCGCCCCAAGGGGCUCGGGCUGGGGGCCAGCCUGGCCCCGCCCGCGGGCCCCCCGGGGGAGGCCGAGGAGGCCGCGGAGGCCGCGGGCCUGGCGCCCGGGAGGGCCGUGCGGGUGCUGGCCGGGCCCCACCGCGGCCGCUACGGCAGGGUGCAGGGGCUGGACCCCGACAACGCCAGGGCCGUGGUGAAGCUGGCCCCGUCCGGCCCCGUGGCCACCCUGAGCGAGCACGUGCUCGGGCCGGUCCCGGCCCGGGAGUACGAGAGGCAGGCCCGGGCCGCCGGCGCCCCCGAGCCGGGAGGCGGAGGGGCCCCCGAGAAGAAGCGCGGGAAGCAGCCCGCCCCCCACUGGCUGCGCAGAGACCUCCGCGUGCGCUUCGUGGACAGGCGGCACGGCGAGGGCCGCUACUACAACGCCAAGAUGACCAUCGAGGACGUCCUGAGCCCGGACACGUGCGUGUGCAGGACGGACGAGGGCCGGCUCCUGGAGGGCCUCCGAGAGGACAUGCUGGAGACCCUGAUCCCCAAGGAGGAGAAGGCCAGGGUCAUGGUGGUGCUGGGGCCGCACCGGGGCCAGGUGGGCCGGCUCCUGGGCCGGGACAGGGAGAAGAGCCGGGCCCUGGUGCAGCUGCUGCAGGAGGAGGCCGAGGGCACCGUCCUGCAGCUGGACUACGAUGCUGUGUGCCACUACGUGGGGCCUGUGGCCGAGGACUGAGGCCCCUUCCGUCUCCCGACCCUGUGUCUGCGUCUUCUUGGGGUGACUGAGGAGCGUGAUGCGGCGCACGACUGGGCGGGGGGAGCCUC